AUGGCCUCCAAAGCCGUCCACAUCGAAAUGGUCUACGGCUUGUCGUCGGCGUCGUUCAUAAGCGUAUUGAAACGUUUCGUUUCGCGUCGUGGUCGCGUUUCGGACUUGUACUGCGACAAUGCGCGCAUGUUUGUUCAGCAGCUUCAAAAACACAAACAACGUUUUGACGAGAUUCACUCGUCCAAUUCCAUAACCAAAGGCUGCACUGGAAGUGGAAUACAAUUUCACUUCAAUCCGGCUCGAUCUCCUCACUGCGGAGGGCUGUGGGAGGCAGCCGUUAAAAUCUUCAAGCAUCAUUUGUACCAGAUUAUGAGAGAAACGCACCUCUCCAUUGAUGACUUCCACACUCUCAUCACGCAGAUCGAGGGUAUCAUGAACUCGCGGCCUCUCACAGCUUUAUCAUCAGAUCCAGCAGAUGUUAUUGCCUUAACGCCAGGGAAUUUCCUAAAAAUGCAGCAGAAACUUCAACACUUCUGGAAGUGCGUCGUGAUGCCACCCAAAGAGGAGAAAGUGUUGGGAGACCGGCUUGUCCAGCGCAAUGGAUUGCUGGCAAUUCGUGAUGCUUUGGAGAAGUUUAUCAUUCGGUACGAUCCUGCACGUGAUGCUUUUCAGUUGAGUGUUCGUAUAGAGUCGCUGGAUAGGGUUUAUGCGCAGUUCAUGGAGGCGCAGGAUGCAAUUGAAAGACUGGACAAGGAGGAGUUUCUGGCAUCACACCUGGCGGAACGUGUCGAUUUCGAGCAGCGAUACUGCGCAGCGAAAGGCUUCCUACUCUCCAAGGUUCCUGUAGAAGCGAACAACUCAGCUUUGAACACAUCCAUGAUGGCAAAUCAACACACUUUCUCGACAGGAUUCCACCUCCGUCUUCCAAAGAUCGACCUACCGAGAUUUGAUGGCGAUUUCUCACGUUGGUUGUCAUUUCGAGACACCUUUACGUCCAUGGUUCAUUCCAAUGGGAACAUACCAACGGUCGCCAAGCUUCAGUACCUUCUACAAUCGCUUGAAGGGGACGCAAAGAAGCCGUUCGAAUCAGUUGACGUCGAAGCCGACAACUAUGCGUCAACAUGGGACGCCCUACACAAGAGGUACGACAAUCGCCGUUUUCUCAAACGUCAGCUGUUUAGGACACUCUACGAGCUGCCAGCGGUCAAGCAGGAAUCUGCUAAGCGCAUCCACAGUCUGGUCGACGAUUUUCAGCGCCAUGUACGGGCGUUGGCGAAAUUGGAUGAACCUGUGGAGCAUUGGGAUACGCCGUUGGCGAACAUGCUGUCGUACAAGCUGGACCAAUCCACAUUGCGAGCAUGGGAGGAGAAAACGAGUAGCCAGGACGAUGUCAAGUACGAGGAACUGGUUGAGUUCCUGUACCAGCGGGUACGCGUCCUCAAUUCUGUCGGACCAGAUACGCAGCAACCGGCACCUCCGAAGGUGGCCGGCCCCCCGAGUUGGAAGGGCACGAAGGUGAAGUUCGCAGCUAACGCAGCUGCUACGCCUAACCAAGAUUCUCCAUGUCAGUUAGCAUGUUCAGACAGCCACUCCCUCCGCAACUGCCCAGUGUUCCUAGGAAAGGAUGUCCGCCAGCGCCGAAAGCUGGUUUCGCAAAAACGGUUGUGUUGGAACUGUCUGAGCUUCGGUCACCCAGCCAGGAAGUGUGUAUCGAAGUUUACGUGUCGUACGUGCCACGAAAGACAUCAUUCCCUGUUACACGAUUCCUCUCCAUCCAGGGUGUCGUCGAGUCCUGCCAUUACGGGAUCAUCACAACAAUCUCCACCGGUUCAACAGCCGUAUUCGUCCAGUUCGGGUUCUGCUCCACCGCAGGUCAGCAUGGCGGUCCAAACCGCAUGCAGUAUGGUUCUACUGGAAACGGUUGUUCUCAACAUUGUUGAUGAUCAUGGCAGGGAACACAAGGCUCGUGCUCUACUGGACUCGGCGUCAAUGUCCAAUUUCAUCUCCGGUCAGUUAGCGAAGGUUCUCCUCAGCCGUCGCACCAAGGUGGACAUUUCGGUCGCAGGAAUCGGUCUCUCAACGCAAAGGGUGAAAAAUGCCAUCACCGCCUCCAUUGAAUCGAGAACUCAGCCAUUCUCCACUAAGCUCGAGUUUUUCAUUCUGAAGCAGCCAUCCGCAGAGCUGCCGACCAUGCCGGUCGAUACGUCGGCGUGGAAAUUCCCGCAGGUUGGAUUAGCAGAUCCACAAUUCCACGUCCCAGGAAGGAUUGACCUCGUCAUCGGAAGUGAGGCCUUCUGGGAACUUCACACCGGUAGGAAGAUCUCGCUCGGUAACGGUCUUCCGUGGGUAGUCGAAACACCAUUCGGAUGGGUGGUCUCUGGUUCCGCGUCCAAUGGAUCUACCUGCAUUCCCCGGAUCUGCAAUCUCUCCAUUACCAAUGAAGAUUUGGAAGCCACACUUCAGAAGUUUUGGGAGUUAGAAGCGAUUUCCACUGGGCCUGCACACUCACCCGAAGAAAAUCGCUGUGAAGAGUUGUACUCCAGUACAGUCAAGCGUGAUUCGACUGGAAGGUACGUCGUACGUCUUCCUCACAAUGAAGAUCCAGAAGUCUUCCUGGGGGCCUCCAGAGCCAUCGCAGAACGCCGUUUUCACAGCCUGGAGCGCCGUUUGCAACGAGAUCCUGCAAUCAAGGAAUCGUAUAAUCGCUUCAUGGAUGAGUACCUACAGCUCGGUCACAUGAGAAGGCUUGACGAGCCUGUAGAUGACGUGAAGGCUCACUGUUAUCUCCCACAUCAUCCCGUGUUCAAGGAGUCGAGCACUACUACGAAAGUUAGGGUCGUUUUCGACGCGUCCUGCAAGACGGCGUCAGGAUAUUCGCUGAACGACACGCUGUUGGUCGGACCCGUAGUUCAGCAAGAUCUACUCUCCAUCGUGAUGAGAUUUCGGACACAUCACGUCGCUCUGGUUGCGGACAUCGAGAAGAUGUACCGGCAAGUAUUCCUGCAUCUUGAAGAUCAGCCGUUUCAGCGAAUUCUUUGGCGUACAGGCCCAGACGAACCCAUCGCUACCUAUGAACUGCAGACAGUAACGUACGGAACAGCAAGCGCUCCUUACCUAGCUACUCGUACCCUGCAGCAGAUUGCACAGGAUACCAGGCAGUCGUAUCCAAUCGCGAGUGGGCCAGUUACGGAAGACUUCUACGUCGACGAUUUUCUUUCUGGAGCGCCGGACGUAGAAUCCGCCAUCAAGCUGCGUCGCGAGGCAUCGGCAAUGCUAGCUUCCGCUGGAUUACCGCUCAGGAAAUGGGCAUCGAAUUCUCCUGAAGUACUUGGGGAUGUACCACCUGAUGAUGUGGCAAUUCAGCCGUUCCACAAUCUUCAGGAUGACCAGGCCGUCUCCACGCUCGGCCUCAUUUGGGAACCAAGGUUGGACAUACUCCGGUUCAAGGUUCAGUUGCCGUUAGCCGCAUCCGUACUGACGAAACGCAAGGUGAUGUCGUACAUCGCCCAAAUCUUCGACCCUCUUGGACUCGUGGGUCCAACGAUCACCAAGGCCAAACUCUUCAUGCAGCGACUUUGGGCUCUGAAGCAGAAUGGCGAAGCAUAUUCCACUACUGUCCUCCAAUGGCUUCGCGGGAACCCGAGUCGUUGGAAAACUUUCGUCGCAAACCGAGUCUCGCAGAUACAGCUUUCAACCGAUCUCAACCGCUGGAAGCAUGUUCCUGGAGUCGACAAUCCUGCUGACGACAUAUCCCGAGGAUUGAGUCCUACCGACAUCCUCAACAGUACACGAUGGUGGACUGGGACACCGUGGCUAUCAAGGUCUCCGGAUUUUUGGCCAAAUCCAACGUUACCCGCAGCAGAAACUCCUGAAGUGUCCGCCGAAGGACGCAAGAUACCACUAGUUGCCAUGACCACGACACAACUGAGUUUCUGCACCGAUUUAUUCGCUCGCUACUCCAACUUCUCCAAGCUGCGCCGAGUGGCCGCGUUCAUUCAGCGUUAUCUGCACGUGCUUCGUGAACGAGCCUCGCAACGUCGUUCGGAAAAGGAGAAGUACAAGCCACUCGUCAUCCCGAGCAUUAACCCGCACCCAGUCCGUCCGCUUACCGCACAAGAACUCCAACACGCCGAACUUUCGCUCUGUCAUCUCGCGCAGGGUGAACUUUUCGCUGAGGAGAUUUCCGAUCUCGCUAGUGGCGAACGUGUAGCAAGAUCUUCCACGCUGAAGUGGUUGAACCCGUUCGUCGAUCCCGAAGGCACCGUACGUGUCGGUGGCCGGCUUCGCAAUGCCGCGCUGACCGAUGCGAAGAAACACCCGAUCGUCCUCUCUGCCAAGCAUCCGCUCGCUGUUCUGUUGGCUAGUUUUUAUCAUUUGAAGCUACUGCACGCAGGCCCUCAACUCCUGCUAGCCACUCUCCGCCAGAAGUUUUGGAUUCUGGGCGGCAGAAAUCUUGUGAAAUCCGUCUUUCACCGUUGCCACACUUGCUUCCAUAGCAAGCCCACACUAGUCCAGCAGAGCACAGCAGAUCUUCCGGCAUCGAGAGUAUCUCCAACCCGACCGUUUUCCGUCUGCGGAGUCGACUAUUGCGGACCGUUCUAUUUGAAGUCCGCCGUCCGCAACCGUGGCCCAACCAAGGUGUACGUGGCCAUAUUCGUCUGCUUCUUUACGAAGGCAGUUCACAUCGAGCUAGUGAGCGACCUGUCUACUCCAGCGUUCCUAGCUGCACUCCGUCGUCUGGUCGCCCGCAGAGGAAAGGUGGUAGAGUUGCACUCUGACAACGCUACCGCUUUCAAAGGUGCACCGAAUGCACUGAACCGCAUCUACCGCAUGCUGAAGGUCGAUGAGUCUGAUCGGAAUCAGAUCUUCGACUGGUGCUCCGACAACGAAAUUCGCUGGAAAUUCAUCCCACCUCGAGCACCACACUUUGGCGGUCUUUGGGAGGCUGCAGUGAAGUCAGCGAAGACACACUUGUUGAAGGCAAUCGGCAACGUGAACGUUGCGUACGAGGACAUGCUCACACUGCUGGCGCAGAUAGAGAUGUGCCUCAAUUCUCGUCCGCUGACUCCAAUGCCGGACGAUCCGUCCGAUCUCGAGGUCCUUACGUCAGGACAUUUUCUCGUCGGGAGCAAUCUCCAAGCUGUUCCGGAAGCUGAUCUGAAGGAGACUCCUGACAACCACUUGGACCACUGGGAAUUAACUCAGAAACGGUUCCAAACCAUCUGGUCUCGCUGGUACACGGAAUACCUGCAACAGCUGCAGUCCCGUGCAACGAAGGGUUGCAACCCGCCUGUCUCCGUCGACGUUGGCAGAGUCGCCAUCGUGAAGGAAGACAACAUCCCGCCAACCAAUUGGCCUCUCGGCCAAAUCAUCAAAUGUCAUCCCGGAGCCGAUGGCAUCGUUCGUGUGGUCACGCUACGAACCGCUGCAGCCAAGGAGGUUGUGCGUCCUGUGGCCAGAAUCGCUCUACUACCGACACCACCAACUCAACGAGCCGAGUGA